CUUCUGUUUGCCGUAGUGGCCUAGCAGUCCCUGCGCGACACCGUUCAUUCACCCGGCAUGGGGGCGGCGAGCUCCAUAUUGUUGAUACUGAAUGCCUCAAUGUCACCACUAUCUUAUUCACACGAGGUCAACCAGUGCAGCCACAUUUAUUGAACAAAAAUUACCAGCAACACCACCACCAUCAUCAUUAUUACUAUUAUUAUUGCUCUUCAGGUUCAUUAUAUUCUUUGACACAGGGGGAGGGCCGCAGUUCAGUAGCAAAGAACAUGCUUUCCAUGCAGAAAGUCCCAGCGAGAGCCGCUGCCUUUCAUUGAACGAUAUGGAGCCCAAUGGCCUGACAAGGCCGUUUCUCGUGUUCCUGAGCCGUUUUUGCCAGAUUCGAUCACUUUGAGAGGUCACUUCUACAUACUAGGACAGCGGAGCAAAAAGGACUAGGCAGCUGGAGCGAAAUGAACUGGAGGUUACACUUCAGAGUCUCCGCAGGAAGGCAUGUAGGUUGUGAUGCCAGUUUUCAGAGAUUAAUGGCAAGGAGGAAUGUCUGGAUAUAUACACAGCAACAUCAUUACAGGAGCUCUUCUUGUUCUAUGGCCUGCAAAAAUCUGCCUCUAAUCUCAUUGAAACCUGUAUUCUGCCCUCCAAAUGGAAAUCUCUUCUUGCAGAGGACUUCAGCAAGCACUAUAGAAAAGAUGACAAGCACCUAUGGAGUGAGCAGGCCUUUUUCUUUAUCUGCUACUCUAAUGGUGUUCUUUGGAGGUGGUGGAGGGGGAGAUGAUGGUCGAAAGGAGAAGCUCACACUGAAGGAUGUGACGGAAUUAAUUCGGAAGAAAGAAUGCCAGAGGAUAGUGGCGAUGGCUGGAGCAGGGCUCAGCACUCCUAGCGGCAUCCCAGAUUUCAGGUCUCCUGGGAGUGGUCUCUACAGUAACCUCCAGCAGUAUAAUAUUCCUUACCCAGAAGCCGUCUUUGAGCUUAACUACUUUUUCCACAAUCCUAAGCCUUUCUUUACAUUAGCCAAGGAGUUAUACCCUGGUAAUUACAGACCCAACUAUGCCCAUUACUUCCUCCGACUACUACUUGACAAAGGGCUCCUUCUGCGUCUGUACACACAGAACAUUGAUGGACUGGAGAGAGUUGCUGGGAUUCCUCCAGAUAAACUAGUUGAGGCUCAUGGUACAUUUGCUUCUGCAACUUGUACUGUCUGUAGAAGAUCAUACCCUGGUGAAGAUUUCAGAGAGGAUGUGAUGGCUGACAAGAUCCCUAACUGCCCUGUGUGCACUGGAAUCAUCAAACCUGACAUUGUGUUUUUUGGAGAGGAGCUCCCUCAUCGGUUCUUCUUGCAUGUGACUGAUUUUCCUAUGGCAGACCUGCUCUUUGUCAUCGGAACCUCCCUUGAGGUGGAGCCAUUUGCCAGUCUGGCUGGUGCAGUUCGUAUCUCUGUUCCACGUGUAUUGAUCAAUCGGGACUUGGUGGGACCAUUUGCUUAUCAGCCACAGCACAGUGAUGUGGCUGAACUGGGAGACGUCAUCGAUGGAGUGGAGAAAGUGGUGGAACUGUUGGGCUGGAAGCAGGAGUUGCAAGAAUUAAUCAGGAAAGAAAGAGAAAAGCUGGAUACAAAAGAAAAAUAGGAAAACUGACUGCUGCUGUUGGAAAAGAUGUUUAUCGCCUAAAAAGACUGUUUUGCCAAAGCCAAAGAUUACUGCAAUAAGAGCAGAAGUCUGGAGGAAAAUAUGCUUUCCAUUUUGAUAACACCUAGUAGGUUAGAAGAACUAAGAAUCAUGUGGAGAGCCACUUUAGUUGCAUUUGAGUGCCCUCUGCAGGCUCUUGGGAGAUUACGAUCAAAUGCUAAGUUGUGAACUGGCUUUUGCAUAGAGGCUCCAGAUCCCAAAAGGUAAGAAGAUGACAUCUGCUACCUCCCAAUACAGAUCACCCUCUUAGACUUUGUCUCCCAUAAGACUUUGUGAAAGAAUUUGGAUUAGGGCAAUUUUAAUCAAAAGUGAACCUAGAAAUUUGACUGUUGAGUCAGUGUCUUCUGCUGUAGUUGCUAUGAAGAUCAGCCUGAAAGCAGGGAUUCUAAAAAUAAUUUGAUGUAUUAAUAUGCAGUGUAUCAUUUAUGUAACAUGACAAGAUAAGGUGAUGUAUGUAUCCACAAUUCUAGCAAAAACUAUAACAGGUGUUGAAGCUGCUAUUUGAAGAACAGACACUUAUACAGCAGCAAUGACUAGUAUUCAAAAUAAAAGCACUCUUUAACAAUCUAUUUAA